UCCGCUUUCUAGCUGUCUAAAUUUCCUUCGCUCUUUUUGCGAACUCUGCCGCUGUGAUCGUAACACAUUUUGUUGUGAACAGAAAUCUUUUCAUAAUGUCGGAUAUUGAGGUUGAAGCCCCGGUCGCUCCCAUCGAUGGAACGAUGGAUGUCAACACGGCCCUGCAGGAAGUGUUGAAGAAGUCCUUGAUUGCUGACGGCUUAGUGCAUGGUAUCCACGAAGCCUGCAAGGCGUUAGAUAAACGUCAAGCCGUGCUAUGCAUUUUGGCCGAAAGUUGUGACGAGCCUCAGUACAAGAAAUUGAUCACGGCCCUGUGCAACGAACAUCAAAUUCCUCUGAUCCGGGUCGAUUCCAACAAGAAGCUAGGCGAAUGGUCUGGUCUGUGCAAGAUCGACAAAGAGGGUAAGCCACGAAAGAUUUCCGGAGCCUCCUGCGUGGUGUUGAAGGCAUACGGUGAGGAAACUCCCGCUCACGAUGUGAUUAAGGAGCAUCUGAAACAGCUGAGACAGUCUAGCUAAACGCUGAAAAUGUUAAUUAUAUGAAAAACUGAAUAUAAGUAAUCGUAUUCUUGAUGAACUGUAA